GGUGCGUUACUCAAGAGCCCGCGUCUUGUUUGGCCAAGAAUGAGGAAAGAGGUUUAGUGUUGGACUGCGCUCGGAGCAAACCAGAGAACAACUCGAAACACCGCAAACUCCUGCCCCGCAGCGCAACAUGGACCCUCUGCGGCGCCGCUGUCUCUUUGCGCUGUUUGUGCUGUCUUUUGCGCACGACAUUUUGGGGUCAAACAUCUGCACGUCUCGGGGAGUGACCACUUGCCGUCAGUGUCUGGCCGUAGAUCCGAGCUGUGCCUGGUGCUCUCAGGAGGACUUUGGUAAAGGCGGCUCCAGUGUUUCUCGCUGUGAUCUGAAGACCAGCCUGGAGAAACUAGGCUGUCGCUCUGAUUCUAUGGAGUUCCCCCUGAGCUCAGUGCAGAUCAUCCAGGACGCCUCGCUCAGUGACAAAGCCUCUGGGGGCACCGUCACUCAAAUACGACCCCAGAAAAUGCGUAUGGUACUACGGCCAGGUGACAGCAAACGUUUCACUGUGUCCGUUAAACAAGUGGAGGACUACCCCGUGGACCUGUAUUACCUCAUGGACCUGUCUUAUUCCAUGAAGGACGAUUUGGCCAAACUCGUUACUCUCGGCAGCGAACUGGCCCAGACCAUGGGUAAAAUCACAAGUAACCUCCGCAUGGGCUUCGGAGCGUUUGUGGACAAGACCAUGUCCCCGUACAUGUACUUGACUCCCCCCGAUGCCAUCACCAACCCCUGCUUUGGCAUUGAUGAAAAGUGCGAGGCUCAGUUUGGCUUUAAGCACGUGCUGCCUCUGACCGAGAGAGUGGCCCGUUUCACUGAGGAGGUGUCGAAACAGCGGGUGUCCAGGAACAGGGACUCUCCAGAAGGGGGCUUCGACGCCAUUAUGCAGGCCGUGGUGUGCAAGGAUCAAAUCGGUUGGCGCCCGGACGCUUCACACUUGCUGGUUUUCACGACAGACGCCAAAACGCACAUUGCGCUGGACGGACGCAUCGCCGGCAUCGUCCAACCCAACGACGGGCUGUGCCACCUGGACAGCAGCAACAUCUACAACAAGACGACUGUGCUGGACUACCCGUCUUUGGCUCUUAUGACGGAGAAAAUGUCUGAAAACAACAUUAAUCUGAUUUUUGCCGUGACCAGUUUUGUGGUGCCUCUGUACAAGGAGUACAGCCAGCUGAUCCCUGGGACCACAGUGGGAAUGCUCGAUCAAGACUCUGGGAACGUCAUCGGACUCAUUCAGGAGGCGUAUGCGAAAAUCCGGUCCAAAGUGGAGCUGGACCUCGUUGAUGUUCCAGAGGAUUUGAACUUGGCCUUUAAUGCCACCUGCCUCAAUGGCGAGCUCAUCCAGGGCGUCCGCUCCUGCUCCGGACUCAAAAUAGGAGACACUGUUUCGUUCAGCGUGGAGGUCCAGCUGCGCAGUUGCCCCAAAGAAAAGAGCCGCACUUUUAAAAUCAAACCUCUGGGAUUUAAAGACUCUCUGGAGGUGACCGUGGACUUCGCCUGUAACUGCGACUGUGAAGCCAGCGCCCAGCCCGACAGCGCCCUCUGCAGCCAGGGCAACGGCACGUUCGAAUGCGGCGUGUGCCAGUGUCACCCGGGCAGGCUGGGACCCCACUGCGAGUGCUCCGUGGAGGACUACAGCCCCUCGGACGACGCCAACUGCAUCCCCAAAGCGGACGGUCCCAUGUGCAGCAGACGGGGCGACUGUCUGUGCGGCCAGUGCUCGUGUCACGGCAACGACUUCGGACAAGUCUGGGGCCGAUACUGCGAGUGCGACGACUUCAACUGCCUCCGCUACAAGGGGGCGCUGUGCUCGGAUCAUGGGAAGUGUAACUGUGGUUUCUGUCAGUGUGACGUGGGCUGGAAGGGGGAGAACUGUAACUGUACCACUCGCACAGACACCUGCAUGUCCAGCAUCGGGCUCCUCUGCAGCGGUCGAGGGACCUGUGAGUGUGGGGUGUGCCAGUGCACCCAGCCCGGGGCCUACGGCACCACCUGUGAGAAGUGCCCCACCUGCCCGGACUCCUGCACCAUCAAACAGCAGUGUGUGGAGUGUCAGCACUUUAAGAGAGGACAGUACAUCGAAGAGAACAGUUGUAACCAGAUCUGCAGAGACGAAAUCAGAGUCGUGAACAAUCUGGGCGCAGACAUUGGAGCAGUUUCCCAGGACAGUAACGGCGUCAACUGCUCGUACAAAGACGAGAAUGACUGUGUGCAGCACUUUCAGUACUCCGAAGAUGAAAGUGGAAAAUCCAUCCUGCACGUGGUCAAAGAACCAGUUUGUCCAGAGGGCCCUGAUGUCUUGGUGGUGUCCUUGGCUGUAGCUGGGGCCAUUUUGCUCCUGGGACUCGUAGGACUCCUUAUUUGGAAGCUACUGAUCACCAUCCACGACCGCCGUGAGUUCGUCAAGUUUGAGGAAGAGCGAGCCAAAGCAAAAUGGGACACGGCGCACAAUCCCUUAUACAAAGGAGCCACUUCCACCUUCACAAACGUCACAUAUCGAGGAAAUUAGAACAUCUGAAACGGGGGAAUCUCAGGGUCAAGACCACAUGGAUGUACAACCAGCAAACACAAGCACGAGGAGGAGGAAGAGGAGGAGGAGGAACCAGCAAACACAAAGAAGAGGAGGAGGAACCAGCAAAAAUGAGGAGGAAGAGGAGGAGGAAUCAACAAACAAACACAAACAUGAGGAGGAGGAGAAGGAACCAGCAAACACAAAGAGGAAGAAGAGAAGGAACCAGAAACAUGAGGAGGAAGAGGAGGAGGAGGGGGGAAACGCUAUGACUACUAGAUCUGAACUGUAGAUCAAAUGUGUGUGUGUUUGUGUACUGUAUAUUUUGUAAAAAGACAUUUUAAAAUGCCAACAACUGCUGUUCACAAAGUGACUCUGAGAGUUUAACUGUGCCGUCGUUUACAGAGACAUUCAGAAGUAUUUCAUCUUUUAUAUCACUGCUUUAUCCACUGACAGCUAACCAAACAGGAAGUGAUCAUGGGUGCACUUCCAGCUCCAUCGACUCUGGCUCUAAUUCACUUUCUGUGUCCCCUCUCUCUGUAACUGCUGCUGUCAGACUCGUCAUUUUGGUCUUAAAUGUUCAUAUUAACACGCUCUACAUGAUCCUGUUUUUUUUAUUUCACUAUUGUGUCUGUAAAUCAAGAAUUUUAAUAACAGACAAAUCAGACGCCUUCUUUCCCUGAGGUCGCUUCAAUUAGCGUUAGCAACAGGAUUGAUUGACAGCGUUGCUAAGCGGCCGCUAAGGGACGUUACCUUCAACAGCCUCUCUGCAGAUGUCGAUGGAGCCCAUGAUCACUUCCUGUUUGGAAAGCUGUGGUUAGCGUGUUAGCUAUGUCCAUUUAUACAAACAGUUUAUAGUUCAAACAUCUGCUAAACCAGCGAUGGAGUCAGGAAUGGGCGUUACCUUCAACAACCUGGGUCCGGAUUGGCUCUUUAGUUGCUAUGAUACUCACAGUCCACUUCUUUACACAGUCUGUGGAGUUUUCCCAAAAUGGAUAAUAGUGUUAAAUGUAAUCUGCUUCAGUUUACACCCACACGUCUCUAAUGGUCUGUACAAAAGCUGAUCAAAUAUGUUUCCCAGGUAAUUAUUUAGAGUAACCUUUUUCCAGUGCAGUUACUUUUUCAUUUGGUGGUAUUCAGAAUAUAGUUUAUAAAAUCAAAGGCAACAUGAUCGUGAGGUUUAGGCUUUGAGCUGCAGGGCAUCAGUGAGAAAAGAGAACACAGCUGUUACGGGUAGAGUAUUUGCAUAUUUACUUCUCUAAUUAGCAGCAGUGGAACGCAACAAAGUAAAAGUAUUAAAGUACUUAAGUAUACAUUUGAAGUAUCUGUACUUUACUUAAGUGCAUUUUACAGUGUGUACUUUUUACUUUUACUUCAGUACAUUUGAGAGCAGUAUCUGUACUUUCUACUCCACUGCAUUUUUGGCUGAGGAUUUAUUUUUAACACGUUUUGAACAAAAAUAUACAAAUAAAAACAGAAAAAAACAAUUAAAUCAGUUGUUUCUGUUGAACAAAAUUCAGCUCAAAUCUUUAUCAAAAUCACCACAUUUGAAGCUUUAUAAGACUAAAAAUCUACGAGAAACACUUUUACUUUUUACUCUUUAAGCACUUUUAAACAGGUACUUUAAUUGUUGUUUUAAACCUGUGAGUCCAUGCUCAGAAUGCAGUUUUCUGAUUGGACCGUGCACCGAAAUAUUUUACUUUUUAAUGCAAGUAUUGGGUUUUCUGUAGCUUAAUGCAUUUUACAGCAAAGAGAUUAGAACUCAUGUUGUCAAAGAGGAACUUGAGGUUACACAAGACGACCCAAAGCCUGCAGAUGUUGUUGUUUUGUUGUUGUUGUUGUCGUGGUGUG